AUGGAGAACCAGACAAAUGUGAAUAAUUUUAUCCUCAUGGGUCUGACUAAUGUCCCUGGGCGGAAAACCUUCUUCUUCAUCAUCUUCUUGUUUGUCUACUUUGUUAUCAUGGUAGGGAAUGCCAUCAUUUUACUCAUAGCGCUGAUUGAGCCACGCCUGCACAUCCCCAUGUACUUCUUUCUUGGGAACCUCUCUUGCCUUGACAUAUGCUACUCCACCGUCACUGUACCAAAGAUGUUGACAGGCUUCCUCUUUGGAUACCAGAAAAUCUCUUUUAUUGGAUGCAUGACACAACUUCAUUUUUUCCACUUCCUGGGUAGCAGUGAGGCUUUACUGCUGGGUGUCAUGGCCUAUGACCGCUAUGUAGCAAUAUGUAAUCCACUGCGUUACACUGUCAUCAUGAACAAGAAGACUUGCCUUUUCUUGGCCAUGGCUACCUGGACCACUGGAUUCCUCCAUGCUCUCAUGCACACCAUAAUGACAUCUCGGGUCCAUUUCUGUGGCCCCAACAUAGUCCAGCACUUCUUCUGUGACAUUAAACCCCUUUUGAGAUUGGCGUGCUGUAGCACCAUUCUUAACCUCCAGCUCCUCAACAUAGUUACAGGCCUAAUUGUUGUGCUCCCUUUCCUCCUAACAUUUCUUUCAUACACCUACAUCCUCUACUUCCUCUUCUUAAAAGUAAAGUCUAAGGAAAGCAGAGCAAAAGCCUUCUCCACAUGUGCCUCACAUAUCACAGUUGUGACUCUUUUCUAUGCAGGGGCGAUCUUGACUUACGUUCCCCCCUCCUCAGGAGAAUCCCUAAAGCAAGAAAUCAUGGUCACUCUCAUGUACACUGUUGUCACUCCAGUUCUGAAUCCUCUGAUUUACACUCUAAGGAAUCAAGAAGUGAAAAGUGCUAUUAAGAAAUUAAUAAAUCAAAAGUGCAGAGCUUAA